AAAACACAAAAUCUUUAAUCUAAUCAGAUGCUAAAAGUUCGCUAACGCUGUAAAAAGGGGCCGGCUUCUCAAUUACCCGGGAAGAGGAAGAGUGUUUCCACGCAAUCUCUUGAUCACGCGGGAAAUUGAAAAGUCUCCCAAAUUGAAGAAAGAGAUCCCACUUAGUUUUGCAAAAGAAGAAGAAAAAUCCAAUAAUCUUGUUCUGUACUGAAAAGAGAAGAAAAUCCCUAUAAUCUUGUUCUUGUGAAGUUGCUCACGAAUCAAGGUUGGAAUGUCCCGUCGAAGUUAGCAUGCUCUUUUUGAUCGGGAGCAUCGAUCACUGUUGGGUCGGUUGGUGAGUCACCCAAAAAAAGCAUCGAGGGUUUAGGUGGAGCCUCUCUCUAUCUUAGGUACCGUACUCACUAAACACAAGCACGAGAGAUUGUUGACUUUGAGUUGCAGGUCUUCCAUAAGAAUACGGAAGCCCAGCCAUAGCAGCAUCCGAAUUGACAGAAGAAUUCUUAGUUUCUGAUCUACUGAGCUAAACCUGAGCACCAGCUCUCCCCCACAAGACUAAAGGUAUGUUUUUACAUUUUUGCAAUCUAUUUUUUAACUUAUUUAUAUUGCCUUUUUUUUUUUUUUUUUUGAUUAAAGAUUUUGAAAGAGAAUUAUGUUCCAUUAUAGAAUCAAAGAAAACCAAUUAUAGUUUUCAGAGGCUCCUCUUUGUUUCAUCUAUUCUGUCGUUCUACAAAGCAAUUCUUGUUGCAUCUAUUCAACAUAGAAAUAUAUGAAGAUAAAUAAUAUUACUUCAUUAAAGCUGUGAUUUUGUCUAGCCAUGUUCUACUUUUAUAUCCAUGAAUGUUUUAUAUUCUUUCCUCUUAAAGUAAUAUUGAUGGGCUAUUGUUUUGAGAAAAUUAUUAUUAUUAUUAUUAUUACAGUAAUUUCAUUUUUUAUUUAUGUAUUUUUGUAACUGAUAUUGCUUAAUAAUAAAAAAAUGAAAUUAUUCUUCAUUGGAAGACUUUAAUGUAUUGAACAUUGUUAAUUUAAAUGUGUUCUCAAGUUAUUGAAAACCCUGUUGAUGUAUUUUAUUAUUGCAGAGCACUGCUAUUUUACAUUGUUAGGGUUACUUGGGUGAUCAGUUGCAUUUUAUAUUUUCAUGAGAAUGGAGAAGGAUUCUUACAUGGAAAUGCCAUUAAACCAAGAUAAAAAUGUCCCUUGCAAUCUCGAGAAUAAUAACAAUGAUAUAGUGAAUAGCCAAGAGUUGGAAAAUCAAUUAGUUAAGGAUGAAGUGGAAAACCCCAAGGUAGGGAUGAUUUUUGAGUCUGAGGAAGAACUUCAUAAUUACUAUAAUAAGUAUGCGAAGCAUCAAGGUUUUGGUGUUGCAAAAAUAAGUGCAAAAAGUAGAAGUGAUGGAAAGGCAAGUUACUUUUCACUGGCGUGUGCUCGAAAUGGUAAGACAAAAUCAAAGGCAAAAGAUUCUUUUCAUCCAAGGCCUUCAACUAAGACAAACUGCAAGGCCAAAAUCAAUGUUAUAGCUAAGGAUGAUGGAAAGUUCGUUAUUAGUGGUGUCUAUCUGAACCAUAAUCAUGCCUCAAGUCCGGGAAAGGUUCGACACUAUAGAUGUAACAAAGUACUAAAUUCUCAUGUGAAAAAAAGAUUGGAAUUGAAUGAUUUAGCAGGUAUAACACUAAGAAAAAAUUUUCAUUCACUUGUUGUUGAAGGUGGUGGAUAUGAGAAAUUAUCAUUUGGUGAGAGGGAGUGCAGGAACUACAUUGCAAAAGCAAGGCAACUAAGACUUGGCAUUGGAGAUGCUGAAGCUCUUGGUAAUUAUUUUUGUGGCAUGCAAAAUAGGAAUCCAAAUUUCUUUUACAUGAUUGAUAUGGAUGAGGAAGGACGUUUAAAGAAUGUUUUUUGGGCUGAUGCUAGAUGUAGGUCAACAUAUGAGUCUUUUAGAGAUGUUAUCACUUUUGACACUACUUAUUUGACAAAUAAGUAUGACAUGCCUUUUGCUCCAUUUGUUGGGGUGAAUCAUCAUGGACAAUCAGUUUUAUUUGGUUGUGGUUUGCUAUCUAAUGAGGAUACUGAAACUUAUAUUUGGUUGUUUAAGUCGUGGUUGACAUGCAUGUUAGGCCAUGCUCCAAAAGCUAUUAUCACAGACCAAUGCAAAGCCAUUCAAGCAGCAGUUGCAAAGGUGUUUCCAAAAUCUUCUCAUCGAUUGUGCCUUUGGCAUAUAAUGCAAAAGAUUCCUGUGAAGUUGGGUGGACUUGCCCAAUAUAAAGAAAUUAAGAGAAUCUUAAAAAGUGUUGUAUAUGAAUCCGUGAAUUGUGACAAGUUUGAAAGAAGUUGGAUGGAAUUGAUUAAAAAUUACAAGCUUGAGAAUAAUGAUUGGUUGAAAUCAUUAUAUAAUGAUCGACAUCGUUGGGUUCCAGUUUAUUUGAAAUACUUUUUUUGGGCUGGAAUGUCAACUACCCAACGGAGUGAAAGCAUGAAUGCUUUCUUUGAUGGAUAUGUCCACUCAAAGACCUCCUUGAAGCAAUUUGUUGAACAGUAUGAUAGUGCCUUAAAAAGUAAGGUUGAAAAAGAAAACAAAGCAGAUUUUGCAUCUUUCAGUUCUACCAUUCCAACAGUAACUGAGUUCUCCAUUGAAAAGCAAUUUCAAAAUGUUUACACCCAUGAUAUUUUCAAGCAUGUCCAGGAUGAAUUUAGGGGAUUGAUGUAUUGCAAUACAUCUCUUAUUAAGAGAGAAGAGUCGAUUUCUACAUUUGAAGUUAGAGAACAUAAAUUUGGAAAAUAUGACAUAUCUCGGAAAGAGAUAACUUAUGAGGUUUUUUACAACACAAGUGAAUGUGAAGUGCGAUGCUUGUGCCAUUUGUUUGAGUUUCGAGGGAUUCUAUGUAGGCAUGCAAUAUCUGUGAUGUUACAAGAAAAUGUAAAUGAGGUUCCAUCUCAUUAUAUAUUAGACCGUUGGCGGAAGGACAUCAAGCGUGGGUAUACUUUUGUGAAAAAUAUAUAUGAUGAUUGCAGUAAUAGUGAACAAAGGCAACGGAAUAAUUAUUUAAGCCCACUGUUAUAUGAAGUGCAAGAGCUUGGAGUAGAGUCGGAUGAGAAGUGUGAGUUUUUAAUGAAUCUAUUAAAAGAGACAAAGAAAAAGCUCCUAAGCUUUGACACGUGUUGCCAUGAUAGUCAAGCAAGUGUUGUAGGUCAACCUACAGUGGAGUGUAGUAAUAAGCUUCACAAACCAUCACAUUCUCAGAAGAAAUUGCUCACUCCUAUAAAAGCAAAAACGAAAGGUCGCCCACCUUCUAACAGGAAACAAUCACUUGUUGACAAAAUGGCUAAAAAGGUUUUUCAAGGAAAACAGAGAGGCCAAAUUGAUCAAAAUGAGUUGCAAGUGCCGAAAAGGAGAAAGGCUCAUCAAAGCAUUCCAACUGCUGGGAAUGAUGUUGUUUUACCAACCAUAAGUCCUCCUACUUCAGAAAUUCUUGAUAAGAUGGCAACACAAGAAAGUCAUUCCGUUAAUCCAUCUCAACAUUGGAAUGAAAUGCAAGCUGAAGAGGUUAAUGAUUUUUCCAACCUUACAGAGAAGUCAUUUGAGAAUCAUGAAAGAUUCAGGUCCAAAACUUCAACUUAUGGUUGCUCUUUUACCGGUGAAAAUAAUUAGAAACCAAUGAUUUAGUUAAGGUUCUAUUUGAAGUGCUUAUAAUCAAAUUAGUUUUGAUUAGAAUCAAGUGCUUAUAACGGAUGCACCAACUUCUUUUUCUAGAUUAAUGGAUGCACCAGUUUUGAUAUAGAAAUUGGAAGAAAUUGAUGGAUGCACCAGCUAGAAAUAGAAAUUGGAAGAAAUUGGUGGAUGCACCAGCUCCUUUUCCCUUUUGCCCCUUUUCCUUCUGUAUUGGAUUGUGAUGGUAUUCUGAAUCUUAAAUUACUUUUUAAA